CGUAGGUUGGGGUAAGGGUUAGUACCUACAAGUCUUUGAAGGCCGCACAUCCGGGCCACCGGAGAGCCAGCCAGAGGCCCCGCCCCUCUGGAGGCGUAGCCACGGGCGACCAGCACGUCCCUCCGCCGCGUCGCGCCCCGCCCAAUGCUCCCUGAGCGCCGGGGGCGGGCCUGUGCGGCGCGUGGCCGGAACCUGGGGGAUAUCCGCGCGGGCUUGAGCCAUGGCUGAAAGUGGCCGGCCACCUCAGGCCCGGGCCCUCCUGCAGCAGUGCCUGCACGCCCGGCUGCAAGUACGCCCCGCCGAAGGGGACGCCGCGGCCCAGUGGGUGGAGGUCCAGAGAGGAUUAGUGAUCUAUGUGUGCUUUUUCAAGGGAGCUGAUAAAGAGCUUCUUCCCAAAAUGGUUAAUACACUGUUAAAUGUGAAAUUAAGUGAAACAGAAAAUGGCAAGCAUGUCUCUGUAUUGGAUCUACCUGGCAACAUUCUUAUCAUCCCUCAAGCCACCCUUGGGGGGAGAGUAAAAGGAAGAAGCAUGCAGUAUCACUCUAACUCUGGAAAAGAAGAGGGGUUAGAACUUUAUUCCCAAUUUGUGACUCUCUGUAAAAAAGAAUUAGCUGCUAACAGCAAGUGUGCCGAAGCUGGGGUUGUGGUGGAACAUGGCACUUACGGCAACAGGCAGGUGUUAAAGCUCGACACCAAUGGACCAUACACACACCUAAUUGAGUUUUGAAAAAUUAAAUUUUCUACAGUUGUAAUUAGAUUCUCUUCCCCUUCUGCUUGAGUAUACUAAUCUGCAGCAGUUUAGACAAGAAAAUCCUGGGUCCCAUCCAUAACUCUGCAGCCUGCUAAUUGGACGACCUGCCACGUCACCUAAACUCUGGAUCUCAGUCACCUUCCAUCCUGCUUUCCCCUAAACUCACACUCAAAAUUUUGAAAAAUGCCUUGUAUUCGCUUUAUGGUCAUUGAUAAGAACAUGGAAAUGUUCUUAGAGAGCUGUAUUUAAGCAUUCUGCAAUUAACCAUUUUGUGCAAUCAAGAAAAAUGUUUCUUAUAUCCUCAAAUGUAUGUAAUAUGUAGUAAAAAUCACUAUUUGUGUUAUGAUUAUAAUUUAGUCAAUUUUGUUUUAGUAUUUCAGAUUUCCAUAUUUUGAAUGAAAGAAUAUGCAAUUUACUAUUCCUUCUAAUAAUAUCUAUGAAAAUGUAAUACAGAAGUGUUAUUGUGCAUUUUAAUAUUAUUUUCCAAGGACAUCCAAGUGCUUUAAAUUAUUUUAAGAAUCUUUAGUUGAUAUAGCAAUAAGGUAUGGGGGACUAAAAGUUGUUUUUAUUUAAUAUACUAAUGGCUUAUUAUUCCGUUUCUCAGUUUUUUACCAAAACAAUGUGUGUUGCAUUUUCUGUCUUUGGUUUUUAAAAGUUACUGUUUCAUUAAAUUAAUG